GGUCAUGAGCCAGUACCGUACGUACAUACACCAGCUCGAGCUAGCUCCAGUGCAUGCAGUGCAGUUCGAGUAAACUUGAUUUCAGAUUCAGAUCGGGUGAGACCUUGAGAGGUUCAUGUAGUUAGGGACUAGAAUAAUGAAUGUCGACUGUGCUUAGAUAUGGCAGAUACUCGGGAUUUUCUUCUAGAAGAAAUCAAGCACCUCCUGAAAGAGGUGAAUGACUUUCUUUCAAUUACACUGAAGAAGGAGAAGCUAAAGAAAGAUGUUGGAUCUAAGAGAGAAGAUUUAUGUCAACAGAUCACCUCUGUCAUUGGUAAAGUUGACAAGAUAUUGCCAGUAGAACAGGAGGAAUAUGCUGAUGUGGAGAUAGAGGAAUCCCACAAUGCACCUCCCAUCGAGGAAGAAGGUGAGCUGUAUGAGGAUACAGCCAUCCCAGACUCUCCCAAUAAGAACAUGAUGUCCCAAGGCUCUGACCAUGAUACCUUGGAAGAACCAGAAUUACCCCAGGCAUCAGAAAAGGAUGAAAAUGGAGAACCAUACAGUGACAUGAAAAUUGGUCCAAUAGCUGCUACGGACCUCACCAAACCCAUCAAGGAAGGCUAUCUAGAGAAAAGGAGGAAAGAGGGUCAACUUGGAAUUUCCCAGUGGCAGCGUCGCUACUGUGUCAUCAAAGAAAACAUCUUCUACUACUUUAAGAACCCCAAUGACAAACAGCAGAAGAAUGUAAUUAUACUGAAUGGAUACGAGGCAAGGCCAAACUCAGACUUUGAUAAGAAACACAAGAAGAGAGACUUCAUCUUUGAAGUUGUCUGCCCAGCAAAAAGGUCAUAUCAAUUCAUAGCAUCUAGCAAUGAAGAGAUGAGAUCCUGGAUUGAUGCGAUAUCUUCUGCCAGCACUAUUGUCCCAGCUGUUGAAUCAUCCACAAAGCCCAUUCCAGAGGCUGUGGCAGGUACACCUCCCCCUCCUGAAAAACCACCAUCUCCAAUACCCGAAGACUUUGAUGAGACUUAUGAUGACGUAGAGACUUAUCAAAAGUCAAAGAUUCAGAAGCCUCCUGAAGUUCCUCCGCCUCCAGGUGACCAGGGUGAGAUAUAUGAUGAUACCGAGCUAGAGAUCAUUGACACUGAUGAAGUAUAUGAGGAUGUAUCCAGUGGUACCAAAGAACCAGAAGCAGCACCCAGACCACCACCAGCUCGACACGGUGCACUACCAGAAGUACCACAUUCGCCAUCCCAACCCACCAUGCAACUUCCAGCGAUUCCUACGUCUCAGCGUCCCAAGCCAGAUCUCCCAAGGAAGGUGUCGGAUGAGAAGCCUGCACCUGCACGAAGGGCAAGUGACGAGAAGACCCCUACAAAGACUGAAAGCUUGCCACCUUUACCAACCUCAACCCCGACCGUACCUCCCAAACCAGAACCAUGGGAAGAGGAUUAUGACAACAUUUAUAUGGGUAUGUGGGACUGCUUUCCCGAUGAUGAUAAUGAAUUGGAGUUCAAGAGAGGAGAAUUGGUUCAUAUCAUAAGUAAAGAGUUCGACUCCUUCAACUGGUGGGUAGGUGAGAAGAACAGCAAAAUUGGUCUGGUGCCAAAAACCUACCUAAUGAUGGCAUAUAGUUUAUGAUGCAAGCUUUGAAAAGUUGGGCGGUUUUCAGAGUCACUUCUUGGCAAAGCAGUAAGGAAGGAAGUCUCAUAUAUAUCCACUGAAUACAUUCAUUCGCAAGUGAAAUAUGCAGCAUUUAAACGAGAAAUGCAUCUCAGUAUGAACAAUUUUUAUUUUAAGUAUAUAUAUUUCACAUAUUAUGAUAAUCACUUUAGUUAUACAUUUUUUAUUUUUAUACAUUUUUCAAACAUGUACAUCAUAUUUUCUAUUAUUCUGAUCAUAUGUUCUUUUUUUGGGGGGGUGGCUAUCUUUUAUUCUGGAAAUAGAAUUUACAUGAAACCACUCUUUUCUGUAUGGUUAUCUCAUCGAUGGGCUCUCUUUAUAUAACUUCUAUUAUGGUGCAGAAGGAGGACUGACUUUUCUUGAUGAGGGUCCAUUUUUAAAUACAUAAAGGUGUGUUACAUGACUGUUCUAAGAUUUACUCUAGUCUUGUAUCUUACCUACUGUGGAGAAAACAAAGAAAAUAUCAAGAAUUUCAAUCUACCAAUAAUGAGUGACAAUUGUUGAAAAGCUAAGUUUCUGUGGUAGCAUUCAUGACCAUACAUUGUGACUUUUGUGAUGCACUAAACAAGGGCUAUUUUUACACACCAACUUGUUCCAUGUUUGCUGUAGUUGUAGUCAAGCACAAAGUAUUACUAGUUUUCACUUUACUUACAUAUAACCUAUAUUAUUUUCAUAUUUUAAAAUGUCUAUUUUGCUUAAUAUUAUAAUAUAUGUUUAAGUUAUGUGAAAACAGAUGGCUGUAAUUGUAUUUUCAACUCAUUAGGCAUUGUUAACAUCAGUGCAUGUUUCUUGGUACAUACGUAUUUAGCAGGUAGUAGUAGAUGGAUAAAAUCAAUAGAUAGCGUGUAAUGUACUGUGAAAUAUAACUGAUUUUCUUGCACUGAA